GAGCGAAAGAGGGUAGGUGACCUUGGUCAGGGCCCACCACACGCGGGCUCAGCUUGAGGUACUGCAAGCCAGGAAAGCGAGGGCCGCAGCUCUCCUCCUCGAGGUCUUCUAUUUCACAGAGGAACGCGGCAAAUUCCAUCUCUUCCAGGCUUCGGGGUUUGCAUGCACGCAGGAUUGUAACGUGUAGCGUGUAAUCAGCCAUAGCCAUGGAGUCCGUACAGUGCUUCGGUCGCAAGAAAACGGCCGUCGCUGUCACCUACUGCAAGAGAGGCCGCGGGCUGAUAAAGAUCAAUGGAUGCCCCAUUGAGCUUGUUGAGCCCGAAAUCCUCAGAUACAAGGUCUUCGAGCCAAUCCUUCUCCUCGGUCGUCAGCGAUUCGCCAAUGUUGACAUGAGGAUCCGGGUCCGAGGUGGAGGGAACACUUCACAAAUUUACGCUAUCAGACAGUCGAUCGCGAAGGCACUCGUGGCGUACUACCAGAAAUUCGUAGACGAGCAGUCCAAGAAAGAGAUCAAGGACGUGCUACACCAGUAUGAUCGUACGCUCCUUGUUGCUGACCCGAGGCGUUGUGAGCCCAAGAAGUUUGGCGGUCGGGGUGCAAGGUCGCGCUUCCAGAAGUCGUAUCGUUAAGGGGUUGUACAUUUCGGCUCGGCUGUGGAUUCGCGAUAUCUUUGGCGUGUACGAUGCCGUUGGUUCUACCUGGGUGUGGAGCACUGGAGCGGGAAAGGAGGAAGAGGCAGUGGGAGGAGAGAAAUGUAGGCGUUUAUUUGAGAAUGCGACGGCCCUGCUGGUACUGGAAACUAUUUGAGGUCUAGGUUUUUACGCACAGGAGGUUGUGUAGACGCACCGAUGUAGAGGGAAACGCGGAAGUUCGAUGUUGGUUGAACAUAGAUGCACUGUGUUUUUCGCCUCAUCUGCGUUUUGGAGGUUGUGGUGGGGAUUUGCUUCGUCGUUGAGGAUUCGUAAUCUAAAUCUUUGUCGGUGCCGUGUUGAGUGAGCCAAUGGAUGCAUUUUUGUGACGAAAACGAUUUUUUUGUGUUCAAUGAAGCCGUUGGCUCUCUGGCCCACCUGUGUUUGUUUCUCAGUUGGUUUUAUUUUGACAUCAAACUCCAUGGGUGGUUGUCAUCAAAACAUAAUCAUGAAGACAUGGUGAAGAAGAAUCUUUCCUUUUUUUCGCACUCUUCUUCCCACUCUUCGACGGUUUUUGGGUGAAUGUGGUCUCAAACGUCGCCGCGAACUACGAUGUUCUCUCUAUAUGCACCUCUCCUUGUCCUAAUACCACUGAAAUGGUUUCUGUCGGCGGCUGUCGCUUUGUUAAUGUAUGAUUUGGGCGUGUGAGAUGAACGAUCCUGCGUUACGCUUGCUGUUUCUCUGUUCAAUAGAACGUGGUGUCGUUAUGGCCGUAUUUGGGGUCAUAAUGUGGCGGCCGGGAGACUGCACGAUGUAUCGGCAGGACGAUGGUAUCACAAAUUUGUGGAAGACGGUUGAGAUGUGUGCUCGGUCAUCGCUUGAUUAGGGAUAUUUUGUGUUAUGCCGAGCGUAGUUGGAUAUCUUACUUCUCACCUGAGAUCCUUUUUUUUUUCCCUUUAAUUGAUAGUUGUUUGUUAUUUUCUGAGAUCUCACUUCUCUAUCACGGUCUAACUCUAAACCCACGUGGCAUGUGAUCUGAUGUUAACUGUUUGCGUCGGAAGUGUGGCGUUUGAUGUGGGAUGCUCGGGUGUUUCUCUCACUUCAUGCUCUCUCGUUUCGUUUCCCUUAUCUGGAAUCUCCAGUUUUGUCUCAUCAUGUUAUGUCAAAUGUGAUGAGAGAGAGAGCACUCCCCCCAAGGCCCCCUACAAAAAGUAUGUGAGAGAGAGAGAGAGAGAGAUGGGGUCCAUUCACUCAUUCGCUCAGCAAAUGGCCUUGAGGCUCUUAUGUAUUUUCGAUCCUUCUUUGAUGUUCAGCUCGGGUGGAGAAACUGCUAGUGUUUGAUCGGCACUCGAUUGAUAAUCACGCGACGAUUUGAGAAUCGUUGAAUCACUCGAUGAACCCGUAUGAUAACGCGAACAAUUUCUGUCGUCCUUAGGUUGACUAACGAACUCUGGGGUCUGUAGAUGGGGACUCUUUAAUUCCUGGGUUCUUUUGCUGACCUGUGAGCUUUUCUAAAUUCUACACCUCUUUGCGCUUCGUUGGCAUCUCCUAUGACUAUGGGACUCGAUUUCUCUACCGCUUAAGUACAAUUGUUGGAGGAUCAUUUCGGUGAUGCUCCAAACAGCGUCCACCCGUCUUGAUCCUAUUAAGAGGUACUACACCUCGAUAGGGUCAUGGAUCCUAAACAUGAAACGGUGGUGCCGGAUAAAGCGCGUGUAUAAUA